AUGACCAGGCCAUCUAAGCCCCUGCCUGGAAACUCCGACACGAGGUCGGAGUCUAGGUCUGCGAGCAGCGCUAACACGCCGCCACUGAACUCGUACUCGCUCAACGAGCUCCACAACGAGAAAUGCCGUACCAUGCUCGAGGUCGUGAACGAGCUGAAGACCUGCGGCCUCGACACGCUCAUCUCGCUGCCGCAGCUUGUCGUCUGUGGAGAUCAGUCUUCUGGAAAGAGCUCUGUGCUCGAGGGUCUGACCGAAGUUCCGUUCCCAUGCAAAGAAGGWCUCUGCACGCGCUUUGCGACCCGUUUCGAGAAUCGUCCCGAUGCCAAGGAGUCCAUACGAACGAUGAUCAUUCCAGAUGUCAACCUCUCCGCCACGGAGAAGAAGCGGCUCUCCAGUUUCAACCAUACCAUUACUGACUUCAGCCAAUUCGGAAGUUUGAUUGAAGAGGCCACGAAGUUUAUGGGUCUCAAGAGCAAGUCGGGGAAGGGAGCACGUCAGAAGGGACCGAUGGCUUUUUCGUCGAACGUACUGAGCAUCGAGAUCAGUGGCCCUGACCGACUGCCCAUCACUAUCGUGGAUCUUCCAGGUUUGAUUCACACCGAGACUGCGGAGCAGACCGAAGAAGACAAGGAAUUGAUCCAUGCACUUGUGAACAAGUAUCUCGGARAGGAGCGUACCAUUGCACUGGCCGUUGUGUCAGCCAACACCGAUCUCGCGAGCAACGAGAUUCUCUCAAAGUGUCGCAAAGUAGAUCCAGAGGGCCACCGUACUCUUGGAAUCAUCACUAAGAUGGACUGCUUGCCGCCCGGUUGCAAGAGGGAGAAGACCUGGCUCGACAACUCGCGAAACCUCAACAUCAAGCUGAAAUUGGGCUGGCAUUUGCUGAAGAAUCGAUCGGAUGAAGACCAUCAUCAAGAUUUCGCGCAGCGAAACACUUCAGAAGCGGAAUUCUUCGACAAGGGCUCAUACAGAGACAUCCGCACCAAGAACAAAGGUAUCGGAUCUUUACGCACGCGCAUCGCCGACCUUCUCUACGAAGAUGGUAAGGAGAAGCUACCUAAAAUCCGCGAAGAGGCCGUCAAGAAACUCGAAAAGGUCAACGCAAGCAUCAGAGCUCUGGGCGAAAAGCGUUCGACUUUAAGUGAGCAGAGAAGUCUGCUCAUGAGCAUCGCCAUUGAUUAUCACAACAUCGUGAGCAAUGCUGUCGAAGGUCACUACGAGCAUCCUUUCUUCACAUCUCGUCCGGCAGACACUGCAAAUACCCAGGGCAAGUUCCUCCGUGGAGCUGCAGAGAAUCUACAGGGGCAGUUCACCAGGCAGAUGCUCAUGUAUGGUCACAAGUAUCACAUCCCAAUGACCAAGCAGGCAGCUGGGACGGACAUUGAGGAGAUCUCGGGACUUAAUGUUGACAAAUUUCACGAAAAAGCAAAGCGCUACCAGACCAUCAAAACCCGCGAGAAUGCCGUGCACUGGGUGCAGGAGCUACACAACACGACCCAAGGCCGCGAGCUGCCGGGCACAUUCAACUCGACGCUCGUGACGCACUUGUUCCACGAGCAGUCUGAGAACUGGGAGAAGCUGGCCUGGGAGCAUGUCGACAACGUCGCGGCGCGCUGCACUUCCUUGGUGGGUCACGCGGUCCGCCACAUUGCACCGCUUGAGAUUGCGAAGAACAUCAACGAGCGAAUUGAUGGCAUUUUGGACCGGAGGAUCGACAACGCGGAGCUGGAACUGGAGAAAUUGCUCGAGGACAGAAUCGGUCCCGUUGCCAUCUACGAACCCUCUUUUGCCAUGGAUGUUCAGAAGUUGACCGACCACGAACACAUCACCAGAACGGCCGAGCUGACUGCCCAGGUCCAGGCGAAUCAUCUUGCUUAUCCUCACGGAGAUCACAUGAAGGCCUCGCAAGUUCUUCCCGCCACCAAGAUUCAUGAUAGCAACCGCAUGACGGCUGAAAAGGCUUUGGACAAUCUGAUCGCGCUCUAUUUGAGCAAGGUCAAGAUAUUCGCUGCCAACGUCACUCAGCAGGUCAUUGAGCGCAACCUCCUCAAGGGCCUCGCCGACGAGACCUUCUCAGCCGCCAUCGUGCACGAGUUGAGCGAUGAGGACAUCUCCGACCYGGCUGCUGAAACGGGCCACGUUACACGCGAGAGAGAGCAUUUGGAGAAUCAGAAGGAGAUUCUGGAGAAGAGUCGCAAGGCCUUCAACAAGGUUCUCAACCCACGCACGCGCGACUACGACGAGAAUUACCAGAACGCUAUGGUCGGCGGCUCCAAACGUCUGAGACGUCGUGCGCUGGGAUGA